AUGCCAAGGGAGAGAGUGGUGUCGGCGCGCCCUUCCGACCCCGCAGGGGCGCACGUUAAUGGCCAUUUUACCGAUGCCGACGACGCCGCGCUACCCGCCUUGGAGCGUGUGGGUGAGCCGAAGAUCACGCAUGCGGUGUUCCUGCAGUGCCUGGCGGCGCGCCUGAACGUCGAUGUCGCCACCCGCACGCAGCAGCCUAUUGACGCUGAGGCCGCGACGCCUUUGAUUCUCUUCCCCAUCAUGAUGGAGCUCUCCGACCACCGUGCCAUCAUGUGCAACAUGACCAACCACAUCCGCUACAUGAUGUACGUCGACAACGGCGGCGUGCCAGAGGUCGGCCGCUUUUUGGACGAUGUCAUGGCCCUGUUUGGCUGGACAGGCCGCAUGGUCGUCCGCCGCUAUACGUGGAACGCGGGUUUCAGCGGGGCCGUGAACACCGCCAUCGACUGGGCGCUGCAGUUGCCAGCCGACGAGGUGCCCUUCCUGCAGGUGUCGAACAACGACGUGCGCUACCCGCCCGGCCUGUACGAGGCCCGCGUCCGUGCCGCGCACCAGCUCACGAAGAAGGACGCGGCCAGGAUUGCGGAGCUCCAGAAGGAGGUCGAUGUUGAAGCGACCUCGCCAGAGGUUCUCAACCACUACAAGGACGGCAAAACCGUUGAGAGGCAGCUGGUCGCCCAACGCGACGCUGGUGACGUCGCAGCUUCUGCCCGACCGCAUCCGCUACAUGCCUUUAUGCUCAGUCGUCUGGCCAUGUUAACGGUCGGCUACUUCGACGAGAACUUCCUCCCCGCGUACUUUGAGGAUAUUGACUAUUCCUGGCGUUUGAGCAUGCUCGGUUUUCAAGCCAGCGUGACCCCCAAAGACCGACCGGCGUCUCGUCAUUUGAUUAACGCGGUUUUAAACAUGCUGCGGAAGGCGGAAAGGCGAACGGACCGUUACGCACCGAAGGUGCUGGAGUUAAAAGCCCGGAUGUUCCACGUGAUGCGCGCCGGCCUUUCCUACAUUUACGCGCGCACAAAAUGGGGCUCCACCGACCCCGAGGUGCACGAGGGCGGCAUGCGGCGCUACGCCGAGCCCUUCAACGCGCAAAGCCAGUGGUCCAUGUACGAACGAGCGCACGUCGGCGAGCUUCAGAGGCAGGUGGCGGCCAUGGUUGAUUCCGGCAGCAGCGCGUGCAGGAAGGCGGCGGCGGCGCCCAACUGUGUGCAGCGCCGAGAGCAUGUGUUGAGGCAAGUCCUAACAGAAGCUCGCGCGUCCUUUCUCCACCGCACCUUCAACAACUGGUCGUACAUUCCUCUCGAUGCCUGGGUGCGUGACGCUGCGUUUGCGCAGCUCGCCAAAGGAUCGGCAACGGGGAGCCCGUCAGUCCGCGGUCUACAAAAGGGUGUAAUCUUUGGCCUCCACGACGCGGAUGAGCGAGAGCAAACCCGCACGCAGGAAGACAGCGAUGGCAGCUCAUCGAUGUUUGAAUCCACAGCGCAUCCGUAUCUUCCUCGUGGUCUUCAGCCUUGGUCACACGCCGCGCAAGCCCACCCGAGCUUUACCGAGGCUGACGACGUCGCACUGCCGUUCCUCCAGCGACCGGGUGAGAGCCCCAUUUCUCAACGGCAGUUUCUCCGAUGUCUCGCUGACCGCCUGAACGUUGACGUGGCCUCACGAACCAUGAAGCCGUUAGCACGGGAGCAGACGGUGCCGCUGAUUGUGUUCCCCACCACGGUCGAAACCGCUGAUCACCGCGGGUACAUUUGUAACGCAACUGUGUUCAUGAAGUACAUUGUGUACGUGAGCAACGCCGACGUCCCCGAGAUGGACCACUUUUUUGCGGAUCUUGAAAAGGUCUUUGGCUGGACCGGACGACUUAUCGUGCGGCGUCGCCCGGAAAACGUCGGCUGCGCUGGUGCCAUCAACCACGGGAUCGGCUUGGCGCUGGAUUUGCCCGAGGAAGAGGUACCGUUCAUGCAGGUCGCCAAUCACGAUCUCCGCUUUCCGCCGGGUCUGUACGAGGAAAGACUGCGACACAUGUACGCCUUGACAAAGCUGGAUGGACUUCGCAUCGCCGAGCUGGCUCGUGAGGUGGCGCAAGAAAGUGUCUCGCCGCAGGUCCUCCGCAGGUACAAAAGCGGGAAGCCUCUCCGCGGCGAGUGGUCGCCCAACGCGACGCUGGUGACGUCGCAGCUUCUGCCCGACCGCAUCCGCUACAUGCCGCUGAUGGAACGGCGAAAGCAGUUUAAGGGUCACGUUGGUAUGAUGUUUUUUCACAAGAAACCAGAUGCUAGCACCUACUUCCUCAGCCGCCUGGCAGCAUUGACGGCGGGCUACAGUGACGAGAACUUCUUCGUCGCGUACUUUGAAGACAUCGACUACAUUUGGCGCCUCGAACUGCUUGGCUUCGACUUCUCACUUGUUCCACACGACGGCACUGAAGCAAUUCACUUUUCCAAUGCCCUCACACAGAUCGCGAAGGUGGGGCUGAUUACUUUUCGCGCUGCCCGCCAAUCGAGGUGGCAGCGGCAGCAGCAGCGGGAGCUGUCGCCCGCCGUCCUUGCGCAGUUAAAGGGGUUUGCAAAAUACAAGAAGAACCCCGCGACCUACCGCUACGCCUCCUUCAAGUGGGACACGACAGAAGGCACAGCCGUCGCGGGCGAGCAGCGGCGGACCGAGCCUUUCUUUCCUGGCAGUCGAUGGCGCAUGAGCGGGGCGGCCCUGCAGCACGCACAGAGCACAAAGACAGACAGAAAAAACAGAGUAGCGCCGGCACCACCGGACCUCAAGCGGAUCCUGCACGGGAUUCAGGACGCGCCCAUUGAACGCGACCUGAGCAAGAUACCAGAGGCCCAGACGGUUUUGAACGAUGGCCGUUUGUGUGUCGUAUAA